AUGAAUCUUGAGGUGCCCAAAGCUGAGAUAAAGUCUGCCACUCGCGUCACCGGCGGCCCCUCCACUCCACGGAAAGGACCCCCCAAGUUCAAACAGAGGCAGACCCGUCAGUUCAAGAGCAAGCCUCCGAAGAAGGGAAUCCAAGGAUUUGGUGAUGAUAUCCCUGGAAUGGAGGGCUUAGGAACCGAUAUUACCGUCAUUUGUCCCUGGGAGGCCUUCAAUCACCUGGAGCUCAAUGAGCUGGCCAAGUACGGCAUCAUCUGA